AUGGAGCUCCCGGCGGCCGCGCUGGGCUGCUGCUGGCUCUGGCCGCUGCUGGCUCUGCCCCUGGCCCAAGGGACUGACUGCAAACCUGGCUGCCAUCCGCUGCAUGGAUUCUGCGAAGUUUCAGGGGGAUGCAGGUGCCAACCCGGCUGGCAAGGUCCUGUCUGUGAUCAGUGCAUCCCUUUCCCAGGUUGCCAGCAUGGAACCUGUGCCAAACCAUGGCAGUGUAUCUGUGAAGAAGGAUGGCUCGGCAGCCUUUGCGACGCAGCUGUUCAUCCGUGUGCUUCAAAACCUUGUAUGAAUAACUCGACUUGCAUUGAAACUGGUGAGGGCGGCGGAUACAUCUGCUUGUGCGUGGAAGGAUAUGCUGGGAAAAACUGCCACGUGAGAAAGGGCCCCUGUGUAGUUAACGGCUCUCCCUGCCAGAAUGGCGGCACUUGUGUGGACAAUGACGGCUUUGCCCCCAGAGCCUCCUGCCUGUGUCUUCCUGGGUUCACAGGCAUGUUUUGUGAAAUCGAGGCUGAUCCCUGCGAGUCGAACCCGUGUCAAAAUGGAGGAACGUGUACCAAUAGCAGCGGAGGCUUCGGCUGUCAAUGCCCUGCUGGGUACGGAGGUGCGUUCUGCAGCGGCCAUGUCACAUUCUGUGCCAGCCACCCAUGCGCAAAUGGCGGGACGUGUCAUGAACACCCGGAAGGAGGUUUUGAAUGUUUUUGCAAGCCACACUUUGUUGGGGUCACCUGUGCUUCUCACCAUAGAAAUGCAAGUGGGAUCACAUUGGCCGAACGCAGGCAGAAUCACCACCUGCACACUAAAGCUUCCCACAGACCGCUUCAUCCUAAAGAACAGGACAUCCUGACCAUAAGAGAGACCAUUGAAAACAGGCCCUCCUUCCUCAAUAAGAGCCAGGUCAUUUGCUUCAUUGUGCUGGGCUUGCUAACCUGUCUCAUCGUGCUGGGAACUGCGGGGAUUGUGUUUUUUUCCAAAUUUGAAAUGUGGCUGGCAAACGCCCGAUACACCCACCUGGUGCGCAAGGAGCGGGAUUGCUACCUGAAGGCCAACAAGGGUGAGAACCUUUCGGUGAACAUCAUCUUCCCCGAGAAGAUCAAACUGACCGACUACUCUAAGAACUAUACAGCCAUCUAGUUUCCACCCACAGUUUUCUCUUGAACCC